AUGCAGGUUUCCAGCGCCGCCGGCAGCAGCGAGCCGGGGUGCCCCCAGGGGAAGCUUCCAGGAUGCCCCGUGUCAGGCGCCUCACCUGAUUCGGCCGCGAAGCAAGGCUGUCCGUAUGGCCACGGGGCCUCAGAGCCUAGUGUGCCUUCGGAAGCGUCUGCCUCUUCUUCGAAGUCAUCCUGCCCUGUCCGCCACGGCUCGGCUUUUCCGGCCUCACGCGGCUCCGCAGCGCUGCCCGACGAGUCUCCCGUGAAGUACCAGCCGGCUCGGAAGUCUUUCUUCUCCUUUUUCUCGUCAUCGUCCUCGUCUUCCUCGACGUCUUGUCCGUAUGGCAUGGAUGAGACUGACGAGGCAGCGGGUUCGAGCAAAGGCGCGCAAAUCGAAGUGCCCGUCGGCCUCAGUGACGCCCGAGAGAGGUCAACGAUCCCGUCCGUCACCGGGGAGAACUGGAACUACCCUUCAGAGAAACAGUUUUACCGGGUGACUAGACUGAAGGGCCACACCGUAAGCCCGGAUGACAUGCCGGCUAUCGUGGCGAUUCACAACGCCGUGAACGAGCAGACUUGGGUGGAAAUUCUGCGGUACGAGGCUUUCCAUCAGCGAGAAUGUGACAAGCCCAAGCUCGCCCGCUUCGUCGGGCAGCCUGACUCCCUGACUCUGAAGGCAAGAAUGAAGCAUUUCCUCGGAUACGAACGGCCCUUUGAUCGCCACGACUGGCUCAUUGACCGAUGUGGAACUCAAGUCAGGUAUUUGAUUGACUUCUACGACGGGCGCGCGACCCCGGAAGACGAGGCCAGCGGCAAGGUUGCGAUUUACAUCGACGCCCGACCCGACCUUCUCAGCAAGCAUGGACUCCUGGAUCGCGCGAAAAUGUUCCUUGUCAAGAAAGGACUAUGGCAACAGUAG